GAGGAGGUGGUGGUGGGGGUGGAGGAGGUGACUCGCCGCCGAAAUGCACCAGGUGUCGUACAGAUCAGGACUCAAUUCGAAUGCAGGUCGAAACGAGAGGUUCUGGAAGAAGAUCGAGUGCCGGGAUCGGCGUUGCCGUGCUCAUCACGGGCAGCAUGCUGCCGCUGGCAAAGCCGCUCCUACCGCCACAACGUACGAUCCAUCGAUCGCUUCGAGUCGAUCGUGCCGAGAUCAACGAUCUCACCUACCCCCCUCUCGCAUUUUAUUCAGAUACAGAGGAUCCUUGCCACCUUCGAACGUCUUUCUUAUAGGGUUGGCGCUCUGGUGUUUAACGUUCUCGCCCGUACAACCGCGACAGAAUCAUCAUCAAACAUGUCCAGGUUGUCCGCAUCAGCAGCACCAACAACACCACCAACAACACAGAGAACAUCAACAGGAACAAGACCAACAACAACAUAUACACGAGACGCACUAUAGGGGCGGUGGUUCCGAAAGGAAGGACACCGUAACGCCUACUCCGGACGACCUAAGGUUGGAGGCUAUCAAACACCAGAUACUCACUAAACUUGGCCUUAGGGCACGACCGGACGUGAACAGAACUUUGGCCACCGUACCGAGGCACUUGGCUCUCGAAACUCUAUACAGAGCCGAGGCUCAGUCCUCUCGUUAUCCAUCUUCCGAUAGAUCGAGGAACGAUCGCGAGAACGUGUACUCCGCAGAGUUCCUUUACGGUGCCGACGAAUACUCCUAUAGGAAUCUCGAUCAACGAGUCGACAGCUCUGCGAAAGACAACAACGCGAGGAUCGCUUCUUCCUAUCGAGGCUAUGGCGAACACGAGGGUCAAGAACCGGAAGAGGAGAUGGACGAUUUCUACGCGAGAACCUCCGAGAUCAUCACGUUUGCCGAACCUGGACGUACGCUGAACGGACAGCCGUUAUUGGAAUUUCCAAUGUCCAGUGGAGAACCCGCGUUGGAGCCACUGAGGAUCAAAAGAGCAACCCUUUGGACCAGAGUGGAAUUCAGGCACGCCCACCAUUAUCAACAUCAUCGUCAGAGUCAAACGAACCAAAGAAAUAUUACUCUCUGGGUAUUUAGAGUACGCUGCGGCAACACGACGCACUUGCGUGGAAAGGAGCUAGGUCAAUACUUGGAGAUGGUCACGUCGCUGGGAGUAAACGUUGGACAACUGGGUUGGCUCAAGUUCGACGUCACCAAGGUUGUGAACAGUUGGUACACGACGAGUCGGGAUACCGCCAGAGAUAAAUUAACGUUGCUCGUCGACUGUACCGGAUGUGGCUCGCACGUCUACGUAUCCACCUUUGACGGACAUUCCCCGCACGUGAUCGAGUCAUCUUUAAACGCAAAAGGUACUCAAGAUCCGGAUAGGCCUUUCCUAGUCGUCCGCACGGAUCCCGCGGCUGUGAAACGGGUUAGAAGGCGAGCGAUCGAGUGCAGCGGUGCUAUAAAGGGUCAAUGCUGCAAGCAAAGGUUCUACGUAAAUUUUUCUCAGCUCGGCUGGGACGACUGGAUAAUCGCUCCUCAAGGGUACUACGCGAAUUACUGCAGGGGAGACUGCGCGGCCGGACACAGAACACCGGACACCUUCCUCAAUUACUACACCCACGUGAUCGAGGAAUACCGAAAGAUGGAUCGACUGGCUGGCAUGCAGCCCUGCUGCGCUCCCCUCAAGUUCUCGCCGAUGUCGUUGAUCUACUACGGUCCUGACUCCAACAUCAUCAAGAGAGAUCUACCAAAGAUGGUAGUGGACGAAUGCGGCUGCCCUUAAACGUUCGUCUUCUACUCCGUACAUAGCUCCUUCUAUGCUCUCCCUUCGCGCUCCCUUUACGCUCCCUUUACGCUCCCUUUACAAUCCCUUCGUGUAUGCUGUUCGUACGCAGCCUGUACGCGGACUCGAAGUCGAUUCGAAGAGGCUAGUGCGUCCACUGAAACGGCCUUUUCGAGAUUUACAGCGAGGUACGGUAUACAUAUUUAUACGCGUCGGAUCUUCGUCCGGCGUUCCUUCGAUAUUGUCAAAUUUCAUAACGCUUUGCCCGCAGAAUUCGUGGCUGUUGAUCGCGACGAGGCCGUUUAGUAGGUCGUGGUCGUCACCAGCGUGUUACUUCGAUUUUCCAUUCGCUCUGUAUAUACGUAGUUCGUGGCGGAAUGUAACGAAGUUGUUCGUUGGAAAGCAAACUAGACGCGUUUCGACUUUGCUCGCGAUCCGACAGGCUUCUCACUUCUUAGAUAAACUGGCUCCGAUUCGAAUGGUAAAUCGACGAUCGGAUCGCGCGUUCUCGCUCGUUGGUGGUUCGGUCGCGAUACCCAACGAAUCGCCGGAUUCGCAAUCGCGAUCUGAAAGCGUUCAGGGAAGAACGGGGCAAAGAAGAAACGCGGAUUUAGCCGUUAACGCGAAGGUUUUCUAAUAAGACUUGUAGCUAAAUUACUUGCUCGUUUAUUAGUAAGAGCUGACUGAGAGUAAAUAGAAACGGACAUGAAGCGAGUGUGUGCGUGUGAGGGGAAGACCGAGAGCCAGAGCGCGUGAAGAAACAUGUGAAAAGAAGGAAACGUGAAAGUAACGCGGACAACUGGAUGAAAAAAAAGAGUGGAAAUAGGAGCACGAAGAGAAACGAAUAAAGAAAAGAACCGUUCAACGAGAAUUACGUUCGUUUCGUUUCCACGCCACGUUAUUAAUGAUUGCUCGUGGCAAAGAGCACGGGAUUCAAAGGGAGUUUGGAGAGGAAAGAGGCUACGCGAAACGAACUUCUUGCUAGGAGCUUAGUCUUUUCGUACUAGUUGCGCGAUUAAGAGGAAAACGAAGGGAAAGGAACUAAUGAAAGUAAAAAUGAGUGAUUCCAAUUUUAGGGUUUAUGUAUUACGUAUGUAUAUUAUAUAUACAUGCAGACACUCGAGGUGAUUUAACCGAGUAUAAAUAUUUAAAUACGAGCGUAAAGUUUAAGUGUAAACUAUAAAAAGAAAAAAGAAACUCAAUCUGAUUGCCUUGUUUUUUAUGCGAAACAUUUGAAAGUAUCGAAGAAAACGACUUAAAUUGAAAAAAAAAGCAAAAAAUAUUAUAAAAUGCAUGCGUACAUGAUAGAUUUAUACGUAUAUGUAUCUACAUGUGCAUAUAUGUAUAAAUGAGAUAUAGAUACAUACACACGAGGGA